UUCUUGCUGCUUUCUUCUCUCUGUCUCCUUCUCCCUAUUUAUUUAUUCAUACAUACAUACAUACCCCUAUACAAGAAUACACACACACACACACACUCUCUCUCUCUGUGUGUAUAUAUAUAAUUCAGGGGGCGACGAGACUUGAACACAAAUUCUUUGCUUCUUUGAGAGAAAGUAGGAGAGAAGGCCAUGGGGGGAGGCAAUGGGCAGAAGGCCAAAAUGGCGAGGGAGAGGAACUUGGAGAAGAUGAAAGCAGCAAAGGGAAGUCAACUUGAAUCAAACAAGAAGGCCAUGUCCAUCCAGUGCAAGGUUUGCAUGCAAACAUUUAUUUGCACUACUUCAGAGGUGAAAUGCAGGGAGCAUGCUGAAGCAAAACAUCCAAAGGCCGAUGUCUAUACUUGUUUUCCUCACCUGAAGAAAUGAAUGCAAGAGUUGGUAAAAAUCAUCAAAGAUGGGUUUCAACUGUGUCUCUUAAUCUGUCAAUGUGUUUAGUGUGAAGGUGUUUCAGUAUUGACACUGAGAUGAUUGUUCUAAACUUUUGAUGGAAUAAUUGGCUGAAACUCUGUGGAAAUAGGUUAUAUCAUCUUCUCUGUUCUCUUUUCUUUUUCUCUGUUGGUACAUAAGUUGUUGGUUACCUGGUCGGCUCAGACUUUACGGGCACCAAUCAUUCAGCCGAACAACAUACAAUAGCUAGAAGAACAAAGGGCAGUUCUUGAUGAAUGAGACUCAAAUGACGAUCAGCAUUUAGAACCAGGAUCCAGUGAAAGAUGGAGGUAGCAAUCAAGAUUAUUGUGAGGUUGUCAUGUGGACAAUAUGCCUAUCCUGUGGAUUAACCCAAUUUCAAUCUCAAGUCAAUAAUUUCGACUCAGCACAAUUAACAUGCGCAGCGCAGCGUGGUGUCAUCCAAUUUCUACAUAAUUUCAAUAUCAGUAUAAGUGGUUUACAAUCAAUCAGAAAUGACACGAAACGAAUUGUUCAAGGCCA